CUCGUUGCUUUGUGCCAUAAAGCAACAAACAACCAAACAAACAAUCAACCAAGUAGGCCUUGGAAUGUACAAGUGAUACACUGUUGUCGCAACACGUAUGUACCCGACAACUAUGAUGAUUUUAAGAUUUUGUUUAGCUGUUAAUUAUGAUUUUUUAGCUAAAUUCAUAUAUUUUGGAAAUUUGAUAAAGGAGAGAUUAUUACAUGAAACAUACUGACAUCUUAAUAUAUUUCCUAUUACUGAGUUUAACUACAAAGUUUUGAAUAUUGUAGGGUAAGUGAUUUUUUCAUGUAAGAUGUAUUGUCAUCUAGUAAUUUGUAGUGGAAUUACUAAUUGCUAUGUUGUUCUGAAUAAUUUGUAUUAAUUCAAAUAAAAAUGACUCACUACAACUGAAAUAUAGCUAAAUGUACACCUAUUUUAGUGCUGUAAUCUAGAUUUUUCAAAUGCUCAUUUCCUUCAAAUUAUAAAAUAAUAGAUACAGGAUAAAAAGAGCAUUAUGUAAAGGAGAAAUUUUAGUAUAUAUAUUUUGUAACUAUUAAGCCUCCUUUUACAAUAUUUUACUUUGGUACUAUGCUGUAAAUUACAUACAAUAGUGUGAAUUUCUUUUCUGCAGGUCUAAAUUUAAAGAGAUACAAAAAAUCUAGAAAAUCAUCAUUAGUCUUGAAAAGGAUGAGAAAUUAUUUAAAGAUCUAUAGAAAUUCUGCAGGAAUAUAUUUCACUUAAACCUGUUUAAGCAUUUUGGAUUUAAGUCUGAGUAUUCUUAAGAUUAUAAGUUCCAAUGUAUAAAACAGGUACAAGUCUUCAAUAAUAUUACUAAUAGUAAGUGAUUGGGUUAUCACUUUUUGUUGCAUAUUAUAUAUAUCUCAUGUUGAAUCUCUGUAUUGAGCAUAACAAGUUUUACCUCUGCCAAUAUCACUCAACUCUAGGUUUUUUUACAAUGAAAGUCAGAAGUCAGUAGGAAUAAGUGUAAAAUUUUAGUUAUGUAAUGCUCUUUAGGAAAUAUAGUGCUGUGAUAAAUCUGGAAGCAUGACUUGUAUUUACGCUCAGCUAUCUUUGGAGGUACAGAUAAAUUUUGUUCAUUAUUAAGAUCUGUAGUUUUUUUAUUAUUGCUUUGUAGGUCCAAGAAAAAUGAAAGUUUGAAUGACCAUUCUCACCCUGUUAUACCUGAUCUCUCUAAACAACCUAGUCAAUCCAGUGAAACAGAGAAAAAGGAAGGUAGUUUUCAUGAGAAAAAAGAGGUAGAAGAAAAUACAGAUGAUUUGAAGCAGAAUGGGUUCAGCAAACAUCAGUCAGAUUCAUCAUUAAACAAGGAUCUUUGCCACCAGCAAGAUGUAUCAUAUACAACAGAAGGAGAAGAUCACAUGCUUCCUAAAAAGGAAACUAUUUUGCCAACUUCUCUGAAAGCUAUUGCACAGCCUUCUUCCAUAAGUAAGUCAGGUCAACAACCAUCAUUAGAAAGAAUGAUACCUUCUCAGCUGUCUCCUGAAAGGAAACCGACUUCAACAUAUCUUGAAAAUAAAACAAUUCCAGAAUUAAUUCGUGAAGAGAAGCUGACUACACUGUCUUCUGCUGAGAAGAAGGAUGUUUUACAAGUUCCUAAAAGGAAGAGAACUUUACCUGCUUGGUUGGUACAAAUAGCAACCUCAUCAGCAAGAAAAUUAGAGACUAAGAAACCUGUUUCGAAAAAGAAGGAAAGAGCAGUCCCUUCUCAUCAUACCAGUCCAAAGUACGAAUUUAGUGAGAGUGAAGAAGACAAAACUCCAAAAAGAGCCCCAAGAAAAAAUCGACAAUCUCGGCAAAAAAUAUCUCUGGAUGAUUUUAUUGUGAGUGAUGAAGAAUGGGAAGAGACUGAUAACAGAAAAAGAAAAAAAAGUGUCAGGAAGGGAAAUGAUUCUGGUAGUGACUGGGAAGUGGAAAACAGAAAGAAGAAAUGGAACAAAGAAUAUAACUCAAGUAGUGACUCUGGUGGUGGCCAUAAAAAGAAGAAAACCUCCAGGAAAGUUAUUAACAGCUGUGCUAGUAACAAAGACAUAGUUCCAAAGAAAGCAGCAGGGAAUCAGAGUUUAGGAAGUCAAAAAAGUCCUCUCAGUCCAGAGACAAAUGAAGAACUACUCACAGAAAAACAGAAAAAUAGAAAAUCUUGUAGAUUUGGUGAAAAUUGCUACAGAAAAAAUCCAUUGCACUUUGAAGAAUUCAGCCACCCUGGGGAUGCAGAUUUUGUGUUUGGAGAUGAAGCAGAAGAAGCUAGCAGUGACAAUGAGGACAACAAACCUGAAUAUCAGAAUAAUUUAAAACAGAAGAAGAAGUAUAACUAUUCCAAGAAGAAUAGGCCAAAACGAGAGGCAGCAAGAAAAGGUGGUCGAAAACGGCGUGCAGAGAAUAGAAAACAGUGAUCAAAAACUAACUUGAAGUUUAAAUAAUUUUCUUGAAGAUGACUCUGAUAUGAAUAAACAUGCAGAAUCAGAUUCAGACUGGAAUCCAGGUGAAGACAGUGAUGAAGACAUUGGCAGACUAGUAAAAGAAGCUAAAAGUUUUACAAAAAACAAACACAUAUAGAAUGGAAGCCAUUUUUUCACCCAAUGUGUUUUUUUUGGUCUUGAAUACAAAUACAUAAAGGUUAAUGAUGAAAAAAAACAUAACUAUAAAAUACAAGUUUGUAAAUAUUGAGACUAUAAGAUCUAUGCUUUUAUCUGGGUUAUUUCAUCUUUCAUUUGUGAAUGAUAAGUUGAAAUUUUGUAAAUUACACGAUUGUUACAAAGUUUUAUUUUUAAGGCUUGUAAUAUGCAAAGUGAAACUUUUUUGAGAAACUAAAAUAAAUAAGGUUCAAAUUUUAUCAGGAUUGAAUACUGAGGAACAUUCUCUUCAUAAUAAUGAAAUAUUUAAAUCUUAAAAUUGUUGAUUAAAUAAAAGCAAAAAUGUGCUUUCAAAAAUAAAUUUCGUUUUCUAUGUUCGUGUUACAGGAGCAAAAAUAAAUCUCAGUAUUUGAUGGUUACUGAAACAAGUUUUCUGAUCAGACGGAUAAAGUAAUUAUGCUUUUUGUCAGUUCUUCUGGUGUUUGUUACAGGAAUAAUACAGUUAUGGUAUGUGUUUACAGAAACAAUAUAAAUAUAUUCAUUAUUUAAGAGAACAAGGUGAUUGUGGUAUUCACUGGUUAAAGAAACGUUGUAAUUCUUGUUUUGUUUUUUCUUAUUUUGCUUGCAUUAUUCAAAGCAUUCUGCAUAUCUCAAGUUGUAUCCGAGUUAUAAAUGUUUUCUGAAUUCUUUGUAUCUACAGUUUAAUAACAAUUUAAAACUUUACUGUAUUACACUAUUAUCUGUGAAAAAAACAACUAUAUAAUUUAUACUUUCAGUUGCAUUAAAGAUUAUGCCAUCUGAGAAAUUUCAUAAUUAAGCACAUUUGUGUUUACUCUAAAGAUGCUGUCAAACAAAUGUCUGAUUUAAUAUAAUUUAAUACAUGAGUAGUUUGUAUCCCUAAUUAGGUUCUAAUAUAAUUUAAUGCUUUAUUUACCCACAAAGAUUUGGGUUUUCAACUCGUAUAGGAACAGAUAAAACUUAGUGAUGUACAGGUGUUAUGAAGUAAAGUCUGUAUAUAAACCUGUCAAGGCAGAGUAUAUUUAAGAAAUGGAUUAAUCAGACUUGUGCUGUACAAGAUUUAAACAUGUUAUAGAAGCUGUAUUUGGCCAUAUGAAACAGGCCUUUCAUCUAAAGUAUAACAUAGUUCUUAAAAUGGAAGUUGUUUCUAUAAUGAAGUAUAUAGAAAAUAUUCUUUAUUUUAGUGCAGUGUCUAUUUGCUAUUGUGCUGUAUAUUCUUGAAUGCAUUCUGUGACUUCUAAGUCUUUACUGUGACAACAAGCUGUUGGUAGGUUAGGCAGGGUGACAGUAUUGUGUUUUCAGCCAGUUUUUCAAUAAACAUAUCUUGUACAAAUAAAAUUUAAUGUGUUAAUUAUAUGACAUUGCUUUAAAACAAAUGUCUUGAGAUAGUAAAAAUCAUUUUGUUGCCUUUUAAAUUUCAAUAGUUCUAUAAUUACUCAUUUUUGUUAUUAUUUUACUAAAAUCUAAAGCUUUUACUAAAGCUUUUAACUUCAAAUGCCCUUUGAGAUUUCAAUGCAAAUAAAGGCAUAUUAACAGCUUUAAAUUUUGAAUAUAUAUACACACAGCACUUGAAGAAAAACUGUAGUCAGGUAGUUACUUUUAGUUAUAAUUUGAUUAGUUCUGUAUAAAAUUGUUAUAUGGAUUCAAAGUCAGUUUAAUUUAAUGGUAAUGUUUUAGGCUUCUGAUGGACUUUUUUUUUUUUCAAAAUGGCAUUUAGAGAAUAUAAGGAGAACAUUCAAAUAAUUCAUUACAUUUUAGUACUUCUCAAGACUUCUUAAAAAUAUAAUGAAAAACAGUUAUCAUAUAACUUUUGGUAACCUUUUAGUAAAAGUAUGUGUGUUGGUCAUCAAAUUUUUUAUUCUUUUCAUUUACCAGGAAGGUGUGGCUAGCUUGAUAAAUGUGCACAUCUUGAGAAUCUAUGGACACGAUUUGUUCCUUUUGUCUAUGCUUGUAUGACAAAUAAGAGGUUCAGAAUUCUCAGUGGAAUCAAAUAGUUUCUUGUUGUUUUUAAGUCCAUUUGUUACAAGUUUUAAGAGUGUAUCGAUAGCUUUAAGAAUAUAGAUGAAAAGUUAUUAAUCAGACAUGAUGUAUGUGUAUACAAUUGCCUCAUUAAAUUACUUGUUUUACUGGUA